CGCAGCCCUCCGUCGCGCGCCCGCCCUCGCCGGAAGCCCCCAGUCUGUGCCGGCCCCGAGGAGUGGGUGGGCCCGGCCCCGGGCAGCCCCGUGGAGGCAGGAUGUUCACGUCCAAGUCCAACUCGGUGUCGCCCUCGCCGUCCCUGGAGCAGACUGACUCGGACGCGCUGGACAUCAGCACCAAAGUGCAGCUCUACGGUGUGCUGUGGAAGCGGCCUUUCGGGAGGCCGUCUGCCAAGUGGUCCCGGCGGUUUUUCAUCAUCAAAGAGAGCUUUCUUCUUUACUACUCUGAGAGCGAGAAAAAGAACUUUGAAAGCAAUAAAUACUUCAAUAUACAUCCUAAGGGCGUCAUCCCCCUAGGAGGCUGCCUGGUGGAGGCCAGGGAGGAGCCCAGCAUGCCCUAUGCCAUGAAAAUCUCCCACCAGGACUUCCAUGGCAACAUCUUGCUGGCUGCUGAGUCCGAGUUUGAGCAGACCCAGUGGCUGGAGAUGCUCCAGGAGUCUGGGAAGGUGACUUGGAAGAAUGCCCAGCUGGGAGAAGCCAUGAUCAAAAGCCUGGAGGCCCAGGGGCUGCAAUUGGCCAAGGAGAAGCAGGAGUAUUUAGACAAGCUGAUGGAGGAGACGGAAGAACUCUGCCUUCAGAGGGAGCAGAGAGAGGAGCUUGAACGCCUGAACCAGGUGCUGGAAGCUGAGAAGCAGCAGUUUGAGGAGGUGGUGCAGGAGCUGAAAAUGGAGCAGGAGCAGAUCAAAAGGGAGCUCGAGCUGACAGCAAGAUGCCUCAAGGGUGUGGAGCAAGAGAAGAAGGAGCUGAGGCACCUCACAGAGUCCCUGCAGCAGACGCUGGAGGAACUCUCCAUAGAGAAGAAGAAAACCCUGGCGAUGCUGGAGGAGAAUGAGAACCAGCUGCAGACACUGGCCAAUCAGAGUGAGCAGCCCCCUCCCAGUGGGGGUCUCCACAGCAACCUGAGGCAGAUAGAGGAGAAGAUGCAGCAGCUCUUGGAAGAGAAGCUUCUGGCUGAGAAGCGGAUGAAGGAGAACGAGGAGCGCUCUCGGGCCCUGGAGGAAGAGCGGGAGUUCUACUCGACCCAGUCCCAGGCCCUGCAGAACUCGCUGCAGGAGCUGACCGCAGAGAAGCAGCAGGCCGAGCGGGAGCUCAAGGCCGAGGUGAAGGUCCGCAUGGACCUGGAGAGGCGUCUGCGGGAGGCAGAGGGGGCCUUGCGGAGCCUGGAACAGGGGCUCAACUCCAAGGUGCGGAACAAAGAGAAGGAGGAGAGGAUGCGGGCUGACGUGAGCCACCUGAAAAGGUUCUUCGAGGAGUGCAUCCGGAACGCGGAGCUGGAGGCCAAGAUGCCGGUGAUCAUGAAGAACUCCGUGUACAUCCACAAGGCGGCCACUCGCCGCAUCAAGAGCUGCCGCUUCCACCGGCGCCGCUCCAGCACCUCCUGGAAUGACAUGAAGCCGUCCCAGUCUUUCAUGACCUCCCAGCUGGACGCCAACAACAUGGAGGAGCUAAAGGAGGUGGCCAAGCGGCUCAGCCGGGACCAGCGCUUCCGAGAAUCCAUCUACCACAUCAUGGCAAACCAGCCAGGAGCGCCGUCUGUGGCUCCGCGGGGUGGGAAGUGAUGAGGGGGCCUCCCCUGCUUCCCGGGUCUUUCCUCAGCCGCUGGGUGGGC